UUAGUGACAUAAGUAUCAAUAAAUCAUAACACUGCAUCGUAAAACAUUGAAAAUGAAUAUAAUACGAUUGUUACCUCUUAAAGGCAACUUAACAUUGUGCCAAACUCGUUACUUAUCCUGUUGGUCAUGCGGUCAAGACAUAAAACAGCUGGUAGAAAAUUUGUUUUGCUCAAAUUGUAAAUCGCUUCAACAGCCUCCGAAAGAAAACUACUUCAAGAUCUUGGGAGUGUCUGAAACGUAUGAUCAAAAUGAAAAUGAACUGGCUAAGAAGUUCAAAGAACUGCAGAAAUACUUGCAUCCGGAUAAAUUUGGAAACAAACCGAAAAAGGAGCAAGAGAUAUCGGAAAACUACUCCUCAUUAGUUAAUGAGUCAUACAACACCCUCCUGAAUCCACUGACUAGAGGAAUCUACAUGUUACGGCUUAGCGGUCAAGAAAUACCAGAGGAGACCGAAGUCAAAGACCAAGCGUUCCUCAUGAUGAUCAUGGAGAAGAAUGAAGAAGUAGAAAAUGCGGAGACAGAGGAAGAAAUAAUGAAACUGAACAAGGAAAAUAAGGAACUGAUGAAUCAAUUGCAAAAACAAGUUUCACAGGCGUUCAGUGAUGGAGAUCUAAAAUUGGUUCUUAAACUUUUAAGUCAAAUGAAAUAUUAUACUAGUAUAGACCAGCAAAUACAAAACCUGAUUAGGAGUAAAGGAAUUAUUAGAUAAAUCUAAAUCUAUCAUGUAAAAUGAUGUAAAAUUAAAUUAAAUGAUAUUUAAAUUUCAAUUUACCUACUCAUUACUUUGAGAUAAAUAUUGUAUAGAAACAUGUUUAUAAUAUAUGUAAAUUACCUACAUAAAAGAUGAAAAAAAUACGCAACUAAGUUUAUAAAAACUAAACCCUUACUAGGUUUACCCUAACAUAACUAUCCACUUUUCUAUACAGCUAGUAUGGCGACGUGGGUACUUAAAGUGACGCUUUCACUGUUCAUGAUUAAAAAAAAACAGAGCUUAUAUUU